AUGGAUGUCAACACUCUCUUCGGCAUCAAGGGCAAAGUAGUCCUCAUCACCGGCGGCGCCAAAGGCAUCGGCCGCAUGAUCUCCGAAGGCUUCGUCCGCAACGGCGCCAAAGUGUACAUCUCCUCGCGCGACGCCUCCGCCUGCGAUCUCGCCGCCUCGGAGCUCAACGCCCUCGCAUCCAAAACCUCAUCAGGCGGUUCCGCCGUCGCGCUUCCCGCCGACCUCUCCUCCGCCGAGGAAUGCACCCGUCUCGCCCAAGAGCUCUCGAAGCGCGAGCAAAAGCUGCACGUGCUGAUCAACAACUCGGGUGCCACCUGGGGCGCCGCCUACGACGAGUACCCGGAUAACGCGUGGACGAAGCUACUCACGCUUAACCUGCACCGGGUGUUCACCCUCACACAAGCCCUUACCCCCCUGUUGGAGAAAGCGGCCAAGAAGACUUCAGAAAGUGAAGGAGUGGUGAUCGACCCUGCCCGUGUCAUCCACAUCGGCAGCAUCGACGGGAUCCGGGUGCCCCUUUUGCCGACGUACGCCUACAGCGCCAGCAAGGCCGGACUGCAUCAUUUGAGCAGACACAUGGCGGUGGAGCUGGGACCGAGGGGGAUUACGAGCAAUACGCUGGCGUGUGGGCCGUUCCCGAGUAAGAUGAUGGCGGCGACGCUGAGGGAUUUCGGGGAGGAUAUCAAGGCUGCGAAUCCCCUGGGGAGGAUUGGUACCCCGGAGGACGCGGCGGGCGCGUGUCUGUUUUUGGCGAGUAGGGCGGGGGCGUUUGUGAAUGGGGCUACGGUGACGCUGGAUGGAGGGGUGGCGCUGAUGUCCAAGAUUUGA